CCUGUAGUGCCGUGGCACCAUCUCGGCUCACUGCAACCUCCGCCUCCUGGGUUCAGGCGAUUCUCAGCCUCCCGAGUGGCUAGGAUUACAGGUGCCAGCCACCAUGCCUGGCUAAUUUUUGUAUUUUUAGUAGAGACGACGUUUCACCAUGUUGGCUAGGUUGAUCUUUUUUUUUUUUUUUUUUGACACAGGACCUUGCUCUGUUGCCCAAGCUGGUGUGCAGUUAUGAAACCCUGGCUCAGUCUUCUGGGCACAAACCAUCCUCCCACCUCAGCCUCCCGAGUAGCUGGGACUACAGGCACAUGCUAAUUUUUGUAUUUUUUGAAGAAACGGGGUUUCACUAUGUUGCCAGUCUGGUCUCGGACUCCUGGGCUCAAGCAAUGCUCCCGCCUUGACCUUCCAAAAUUCUGGAAUUACAGGAGGGAGCCACCAUUCCUGCCAUUUUUUUUUUUUUUUUUUUUUUGAGACAGAGUCUUGCUCUGUUGCCAAGGCUGGAGUGUGGUGGUAUGAGCAUAGCUCACUGCAGCCUCAGCCUUCUGGGCUCACGCAGUCCUCCCACCUCAGCUUCCUGAGUAGCUGGGACUACCGCGCCUGGCUAAUUGUUUUAUUUUUAUUUUUUGUAGUGAUGUGGUCUCCCUAUGUUGCCCACGCAACUCUUGGCCUCAAGAUUCUCCUUCCUCAGCCUCCCAAAGUGCUGGGAUUACAGGCAUGCACCACUGUGCCUGGCCUCUGGCUAAUUUUUUUAUUUUUAUUUUUUGUAGAAAUGAGGUCUUCCUGUGUUGCCCAGGCUGGUAUUGAACUCUUGGCUUCAAGAUCCUCCCACCUCAGCCUCCCAAAGUGCUGGGAUUACAGGUGUGAGCCACCUCGCCCAGCCAACACCUGAUGUCUGUCUGUCUGUCUUUUUUUUUUUUUUUGACGGAAUUUCGCUCUUGUUGCCCAGGCUGGAGUGCAAUGGCACGGUCUUGGCUCACUGCACCCUCCACCUCCCGGGUCCAGGCAAUUCUCCUGCCUCAGCCUUCCAAGUAGCUGGGAUUACAUGUGCCCACCACCAUGCCUGGCUAAUUUUUGUAUUUUUAGUAGAGGUGGGGUUUUGCCAGGUUGGCCAGGCUGGUCUCGAACUCCUAACCUCAGGUGAUCCACCUGCUUCGGCCUCCCAAAAUGCUGUGAUUACAGGUGUGAGCCACCUCGCCCAGACAGCACCUAAUGUAUUUCUUCACUAAUUUUCCCCUACUAGAAUGUCAGCUCCAUGAAGCCAAAGACAAUCCUUCUCUUUCCUGUGGUACAUAUUCCCUGACCUUGGAGAGGGGCCGUCGCAACGUUGGCGCCCGGGCACUUGUUGGAUGAACAGUCGAGGUGCUAAGGGCAGUGCUGGGGACUUGUCUGGUUUCUUUCCAGGAUGACUUCUUGCACGAGGUUGGGCAGAAACUCUCACCUGUGAAUUGUCACCUCCUGAUUUCUUUGUCUUCUGCACCCUUGGCCUUGACCCAAGGGGGCAGGUGGCACGGAGCCGCUCUAAGAGAUGGAUUUGCAGCCGCUGCAAGUGUGUGGAAGGGCCGUGUUCGUGUUGGCAAAGAAGGUCGGCUGCUGAGCCAGGGCGUGUCUCCCGGAGGCCUGUGGGCUGCCAGGAUCCCCACCUCUCUGCAAUGGGCUGCCCAGGCUGACCAGCCGGUUCCUGCUGGAAGCUCCUGGUCUGAUCUGGAGAUACCAUGUCCAAGCCCCCCGACCUCCUGCUGCGGCUGCUCCGGGGCGCCCCAAGGCAGCGGGUCUGCACCCUGUUCAUCAUCGGCUUCAAGUUCACGUUUUUCGUCUCCAUCAUGAUCUAUUGGCACGUUGUGGGAGAGCCCAGGGAGAAAGGGCAGCUCUAUAACCUGCCAACAGAGAUCCCCUGCCCCACCUUGGCACCCCCCACCCCACCCUCCCACGGCCCGGCUCCAGGCAACAUCUUCUUCCUGGAGACUUCAGACCGGACCAACCCCAACUUCCUGUUCAUGUGCUCGGUGGAGUCGGCAGCCAGAACUCACCCCGAAUCCCACGUGCUGGUCCUGAUGAAAGGGCUUCCGGGUGGCAACGCCUCCCUGCCCCGGCACCUGGGCAUCUCACUUCUGAGCUGCUUCCCAAAUGUCCAGAUGCUCCCGCUGGACCUGCGGGAGCUGUUCCGGGACACACCCCUGGCCGACUGGUACACGGCCGUGCAGGGGCGCUGGGAGCCCUACCUGCUGCCCGUGCUCUCCGACGCCUCCAGGAUCGCACUCAUGUGGAAGUUCGGCGGCAUCUACCUGGACACGGACUUCAUUGUUCUCAAGAACCUGCGGAACCUGACCAACGUACUGGGCACCCAGUCCCGCUACGUCCUCAACGGCGCCUUCCUGGCCUUCCAGCGCCGGCACGAGUUCAUGGCGCUGUGCAUGCGGGACUUCGUGGACCACUACAACGGCUGGAUCUGGGGUCACCAGGGCCCGCAGCUGCUCACGCGGGUCUUCAAGAAAUGGUGUUCCAUCCGCAGCCUGGCCGAGAGCCGCGCCUGCCGCGGCGUCACCACCCUGCCCCCCGAGGCCUUCUACCCCAUCCCCUGGCAGGACUGGAAGAAGUACUUUGAGGACAUCAGCCCCGAGGAGCUGCCGCGGCUGCUCAACGCUACCUAUGCUGUCCACGUGUGGAACAAGAAGAGCCAGGGCACGCGGUUCGAGGCCACGUCCAGGGCGCUGCUGGCCCAGCUCCAUGCCCGCUACUGCCCCACGACGCACGAGGCCAUGAAGAUGUACUUGUGAGGGGCCUGCCAGGUCACCUCCGCGACCCGCUCCUGAUGGAGGGGGCACUGGGCCGCCCUUCCUGGGGAGGCAAGAUUAGAGGCCCGGGAGAGGGAGGCCUGAGCUGCCACCGGGCUUAGGCAGGCUGUUGAGGAGCUGUGGGAGCAGGCCCAGUGGGAGGCUGUGGACACCCCCAGGACAGUGUCCUGUCUCGAGGCAGGGCUGACACAUGGUGCCAUAGCCAGCGGAGUGAGCUCAGUGAGCGCCCCGGGCCUUCUAGACGACAGGCAGGAAGGAUGAACCUCAGGGCACCCCCAGGUGGCAUGGAAAGCCAGGCAGUUGGGACAGAGGUGCCCACGAGAGCAGAGGCCGGUGCUAAGGGGAUGGAGAAGGAGGGACAAGAUUCCCAGAGAGGAGAGGAGGCUGUUGGUAGGAAAGUGGCAGGGCUGGGGGAGACCCAGCCCCAAGGGUCUGGGGCAGAGGAUGCUUUGCUCUUUUCUGGUUUUGAUUCGUCUUUCGGGGGGCGGUCAACAGGGACUGAGUGGGGCAGAGGCCCAGCAGUGCCAGCCUGGGGAGCCCUUUAGGGGCAGCCCCUCCUGCCCACCCAUCCUUCCUCCUCUCCAGAGAUGCCAGGGGGCGUGUAUGCUCUGCCCCUUCCCUCAGAUGGGGACUGGGUGGGGAGGCUCUUUAGGCCCAGGAGAAGCAUUUUAAAGAAAUCCCCACCCCGCCGCCCGCAUUAUAAACACAGGAGAAUAAUCAAUAGAAUAAAAGUGACAGACUGUCA